UUGUUUUCAUGUGAAUUUGGGUAUUUUGCUUGAAUACAAAAAAAUGACGAGUUUAAUUGACAAAAUAGAGUUGCUAAUCAAGAGAGAAAAAACCACUCCAGAGCGAAAGAAAAAAGAAGAAGCUUCAAAAUCCUCCAGUGAAAUUCUUUCAGAGCUAUUCAGUGCCUUCAACGCCGAUCCUCCCAAAAUCGAUGAAGCUUCUCUGAAGAAACCAAAGAAAAGUAAAAAGAAACACAAGAAGGAGAAGAAGAAACGGAGUCGGAGCAGUAGCAGCAGCAAUUCUGAUGAUAGCGACUACUCUCCCAAGCACAAGAAACGGAAAAAGAGCAAGUCUAAGAAAAAGCGGGAUGGGUCGCGGUCAAGCACACCUAGCAAAAGCAACAUGCCGCCUAAAAUAAAAGCCGAUUUAGAGGCGAUAAGAAUCAAAAAUGAGUCCGGUCGCAUUAGCUCUGAUGAAUUUCGCCACGAAAUAAUGCUUAAAACAGAACCUAAAGAAGUGCAACACCGGAGAGUCUCUAUCAAAAUAGAAGAGCCGCAGAACUACAGCGUCGACGUUUCAAACUUCGAUGCUAGUCUCAUCCCUAUGCCAGAUUCUCCUAAACAUGAAGACCUACGUCAAAAGUUAGACAGUAAAAAACAAGAAGCUGAGGACAAGUCUAAAAGUAAAAUUCAAAUUAAGAAUUUGAAGUUUAGUGCAGUGUUUGAGGAGACGGUUAAGAAAGCCGAGGAAGAAGCCAGAAAGAAGGCUGAGAAGUUUGAAGAAGGUGAAUACACGGACUCAUCCAGCAGUAGUGAGAAGCCAGAAGUUCUCAAUGCAGAGUUCCCCAAAUCCUCGGAUCCUGGAGGUAUACUUAAGAAGCAAGCCGCAGAAGAGUCUAAAGUAUCAGAUGAAGAUAGAAACCACUCUAAGAGAUCCAAAGAAAGCUCCCACAAAUCUUCAAGAAGGGACAGAAGCAGAUCCAAAAGGAGGUCAGUGAGCAAGUCCCGCCGGUCCCGGUCCGCUUCACGGCGCCGCCGUCGCUCGCGCUCGCGCGGCCACGAGCGGUCGCGGCGCCGCUCGCGGUCGCGUGAGCGGGACCGACACGAGCGGGACAGGCACCGGCCGAGGCAUUUGUCGCCGAGACACAGGGGAAGGAGGUCCAGGUCGCCAACCAGGGUGAAGCUAGCAGACAGCGAGAAGAAGCGUCUUCUAGAAGUAGCGAGAAGGAACGCCAUCAACAUGCUGAAGAACGGUGCCGUUCCCGCCGGCGCGGCUGCAUUACCGCCGCACACUAGAAACCAGGUCAUGGCCGCCAUACAAUCAGGGGGUAAAUCAGUCGAUGAGCUAACUGAUUUCUGCAAGCACUUGUCAAAGAAAGAAGCCCUCGGAGAACUGUCUUCCGUCUCGUCUCACGACGAAGACAUGAGCGAGAACGAAGAUACGCUCGCCUUCCAUCAUCCGUUCCUAGUCAAAGAGAAGGCUCCUAUUGUUAUGAAUAUAAGGGGUGGAGCGCCGCUCCCGACAAAGACCAAUCCACUGCCAAUAGCCAACAAGGAAGAGCUGCGGCUACAAUUCCCCGUGUCUUCAGGGUCGCAACAUAGGGAAAAGGCCUCGGAAUGGGUACCCGUUUCACCGCCAAAGAAAGAUAUGCAAGUUGCGAAACUGAACUCGAAAACAACAGCCGCCAAACCUGCCGCAAUCGCUCCUGCGGAAACUGCUGCGACUAAAGCGGCCCCGCUGGCGCUGCCCGCGCCGCCGGCGCCCGCGCCCGCGUCCGCGCCCGCGCCCGCGCCCGCGCCCGCGCCCGCGCCGGUCGCGGCGCCGCCGCCCUACCUGAAGGGCUUCACCACGGGCACGCAACUAGCUUCGGUUCCGACACCGGCAUUGCCUGCCCCCGGACCCCAAGCUUAUCCACCAGGAAUUGAACCUCCAAAAGUCAUUGACGUCGCGUCGAUCGUCUCGCAGAAGCUGCUAAUGAUACGAAAGGAGCAAGAACAGAACGAGUUGUCUACCACUCGUGGCUCGUCUGCUCACCAGUUCGGCUGGUCGACGAAGGCGGGCCAGUUCACCGGCUCGACGGGCGCGCAGAUCCUCACGCCCAAGGAGCUGGCUAGCGGCACGCAGGCCUGGGCCAAGAAGGAUCAACUCAUGAGGGCAGCACCAGUGGGAGGGGGGAUGGGCAUGCACCUCCUCCAGAAAAUGGGAUGGACCCCGGGCCAAGGGCUCGGAAAAGAGGGCACGGGGACCCUGCAACCGUUACUGUUAGAGGUCAAACUUGACACAAGAGGUCUGCAGGCUAAAGAAGAGAUGAAAGUUCAACGUCAGCCGCGGAGGGGCGGCGCAGCGCCUGCGUUAGCAGCGGGCGGAAAACAUCCUGUGUCAUUACUUGGAGAGUACUGCUCGAAACAAAAACUCGGCCCGCCCGAGUAUAAUCUGUGUUUCGAGUGCGGCCCUGAUCAUAAGAAGAACUUCCUGUUUAAGGUAAGAGUAGCAGGCGUGGAAUACCAGCCGGCGGUGGCGAGCGCCAACAAGAAACAGGCCAAAGCUGAUGCCGCGCAACUGGCGUUACAGAAACUGGGCAUCGUCACCCCUUAACUAUACCAUACACCAUACCAUAUA